GAAGCUACUAGAGAAUGAGCUCCACAAAAAUGAGGCUGUAAACCAAGAAAGAGGCAACCAUGGGAUCCAGGAGGCGGGGGACCCAGCACAGGCGAGAGGCACAGGGAUUUCGCCAGAUGGUGUUAAAAAGAAGCCCCAGGACAACAGAAUCCGAUGAUGUCCGCGGGGACCCUGCACUCAGCCAUCAAAGCACUCCUGCCGCUCAGGAUGCUCGUGAUUCAGUCGUAGAUGCAGGUGGCGUUGAGAGCAUCACCCAGUGUUCCCAGCAGCUUCCUCAGAUGAUGGCUGCAGCGGCCGAUGGUUUGGGAAGCAUCGCAAUAGACGCGACCCAGCUGAACAUGUCGGUGACGGACCCCACCGCCUGGGCCACCGCCAUGAAUAACCUGGGCAUGGUUCCCGUGGGUUUGCCUGGACAGCAGCUCGUGUCAGACUCGAUCUGUGUACCAGGCUUUGAUCCGGGCCUCAACAUGAUGACUGGGAUCGCCCCUAUUAAUCCGAUGAUACCAGGCCUGGGGCUGGUACCACCCCCACCGCCAACAGAAGUGGCUGUUGUCAAAGAAAUAAUCCACUGCAAAAGUUGUACUCUUUUCCCUCAAAAUCCAAAUCUUCCACCCCCCUCCACAAGAGAACGACCUCCCGGGUGUAAGACUGUCUUUGUUGGAGGCUUACCGGAAAACGCCACCGAGGAGAUCAUCCAGGAAGUCUUUGAGCAGUGCGGUGACAUCACAGCGAUUCGGAAAAGCAAGAAGAAUUUCUGUCACAUCCGCUUCGCCGAGGAGUUCAUGGUUGAUAAAGCCAUUUACCUUUCUGGUUACCGGAUGCGCUUAGGGUCCAGCACGGACAAAAAGGAUUCGGGCCGCCUGCACGUGGACUUUGCCCAGGCGCGCGACGACUUCUACGAGUGGGAGUGCAAGCAGCGGAUGCGCGCCCGCGAGGAGCGGCACCGGCGCAAGCUGGAGGAGGACCGCCUGCGGCCGCCCUCGCCACCACCCAUCAUGCACUACUCGGAGCACGAGGCCGCCCUGCUGGCCGAGAAGCUCAAAGACGACAGCAAGUUUUCAGAGGCCAUCACGGUGCUGCUGUCCUGGAUCGAGCGAGGGGAGGUGAACCGGCGGUCCGCAAACCACUUCUACUCCAUGGUGCAGUCAGCCAACAGCCACGUGCGCCGGCUGAUGAACGAGAAGGCCACCCAUGAGCAGGAGAUGGAGGAGGCCAAGGAGAACUUCAAAAACGCCUUAACCGGCAUCCUCACUCAAUUUGAGCAGAUUGUGGCCGUUUUCAACGCUUCUACCAGACAAAAAGCUUGGGACCAUUUCUCGAAAGCUCAGCGCAAGAACAUAGACAUUUGGCGAAAGCACUCUGAGGAACUUCGGAAUGCUCAGAGUGAGCAGCUUAUGGGCAUCCGUCGCGAAGAAGAGAUGGAAAUGUCGGACGAUGAGAACUGUGAUAGUCCCACUAAAAAGAUGAGAGUCGAUGAAUCAGCCCUGGCCGCCCAGGCCUACGCACUUAAAGAGGAGAACGACAGCCUCCGAUGGCAGCUGGAUGCCUACAGGAACGAGGUGGAGCUGCUGAAGCAGGAGAAGGAGCAGCUGUUUCGGACGGAGGAAAACCUGACUAAGGACCAGCAGGUGCAGUUCCUGCAGCAGACGAUGCAAGGCAUGCAGCAGCAAUUGCUGACCAUCCAGGAGGAGUUGAACAACAAAAAGUCAGAACUGGAGCAAGCAAAGGAAGAGCAGUCACACACACAAGCAUUACUCAAAGUCCUCCAGGAACAAUUGAAGGGUACCAAGGAGUUGGUCGAGACCAAUGGCCACAGCCACGAGGACACAAAUGAAAUCAACGUAUUGACAGUCGCAUUGGUCAACCAAGACCGAGAGAACAACACUGAGAAAAGAAGCCAAGGCUUAAAAUCAGAGAAAGAAGCUCUGCUGAUUGGCAUCAUAUCCACGUUUCUUCACGUCCAUCCUUUCGGAGCCAAUAUAGAAUAUCUCUGGUCGUACAUGCAGCAGCUGGACUCCAAGUAUCCUUGUGAGAAAGCGAAUGCGGUGCUGGAAAGCCGGGCUAGAUGCAGCAUCAGGAGCCCGGAGCGGAGCUCCAGCCUCUCCACGUACCAGCUGGGCCAGCAACAGCCCUGCCCUGGACCCCAGGGUUCCAUCCGUGACCUACAGGCGCUCAGGGAGAAUCCCCGGCCUCAGAAGGGGUCUGGGGAAGGGAAUCCUGCACACCUAGCGGGGAGACGGGUCCCUCUGGCUCUGAUCGCAGCCAGUGAGCGCUGAGUGCUGUGUCUUUGUGAUGAUUCCAUGACGCUUCCAGUUCUGAAGACCAUGAAAUGACUGAGAGGAAGAGAAAGGAUACCAUGAAGGCAGGAUCAUAAUGCCUGACAUGUUUUAAUAAGGAAGGGGAAGAAAAAAUAAAGUGAAGAAAUUUGUAGGUUAACAUUCUUCUUCAGCCAUACACUAAAACAGAAGGACAAAUUGAAUUUUCUCUUGAAUUUGUCUUGAAAAUCCCCAAAUGUCACAUGUCAUAUAGGUUGUUUUAUCAGGAAGGGAAAAGGUUUAAAAACCAUCAAAAUAAUAACAUGAAGCAGUUUCUCCUUGCUGUUUCUUCUCGCAUGAGAUAUAAACAUCUUUAAGGAAAUGCUCUAGAAUCUAGCUGAGCACCUUAUUAGUAAAUGAAUUAUUUUUUUUCCUGGCAUCAGGCUCCUUUUAAUUGCUUCCCCAAUACUGUUGUCCUUUGGUAUCUGCAGGCGACUGGCUCAAAGAAACCCUGUGGUUACCAAAAUCCACAGAUGCUCAAAUCCUUUAUAUUCACAUAAAAUGACUUGGUCUUUGCAAGUAACAUACGCAGCAACGUCCUUGCCCUGUUUAUUUGGUUGUGCCCAGUCUUAGUUGAGGCAUGUGGGAUCUUCGAUCUUCACUGCAGCACACAGGAUCUUUAGUUGUGACAUGUGGGAUCUGGUUCCCUGACCAAGGCUCGAACCCAGGCUCCCUGCAUCAGGAGCUCGGAGUCUUAGCCGCUGGACCACCAGGGAAGCCCUGAUCCUCUCUAUACUUUUAACUAUCUCUAGAUUAUUCACAGUAAUAUCUCAUUGUGGUGGUUUUUUUUUCUCUUGAUUAGUGAUGCUAAACACCUUUUCCUGUAUCUGUUGGCCAUCUGUAUGUCAUCUUUGGAAAAUGUUCAGAUCCUCACUCAUUUUUUCGAUUGGAUUCCUUGGUUUUUUGCUAUUGAUUUUGUGAGUUCUUUGUACAUUGUGAAUAUUAACCCUUUAUCAGACAUAUGACUUGCAGUAUUUUUCCUGUUCGGUAGAUUGCCUUUUCAUUUUGUUGAUGGUUUCCUUCACUGUAGAGAAGCUUUUAAUUUAUUUUUAAUGGGUAUUUUAGAUAAGAUUUCAUUUGAAGUGCCUGUUCUGUAAUUGUCUCCCUGUCCAUAUUAUAAUAUUUACACCAUCCUCACUGAAUCAGGCAGUUACCUAGCACUAUCAACAGCAACUGGCAGUUAACUACUUCUGAAGACACCAGUGGUUAUUAUAAUCAUUUCUGACUAGCUGGUUAUUCCAACUAAGUAAUCAUGAGAAUUUCAAAUGCCAGUUUCACUACUCUUUAGUUGUGUGACUUCGGACAACUCACUCAACAUCUCUGUACCUUAGCUUCACUGCCUAUAGAAUGGGUUUUUUAUGUGUAUUAAAUGGCUUAAUAGAUAAAAGCAUUUAUAGCAGUAUCUGGCACAUAGUUAAGUGCUACCUAGUGUUGGCUGCCAUUUGUUUUGAGCUUAAAAGCGCACAAAAGACCUACCACAUUCUCUCAGUUUGAGAUAUUCGCCACAACCUAGUGGACAGGUGAAUUUUAAAGGCUUGCCCAAAACCCAGUGUUAGCGUGUGCUGGGCAACACCCCAGUAGAAGUCCUUAGAGCAUCCGAUGAGUUUCCUUCCAAUUCCUUUCCUGCGAGUGAGAAAACGCCCAAAGAGACUUAGUGACUUAGGCAAGAUGGUGGCGGUGGUUGUUCAGUCGCUCAGUCACGUCUGACUCUUUUGCAAUCCCAUGGACUGUAGCCCACCAGGCUCCUCUGUCCAUGGGAUUCUCCAGGCAAGAAUACUGGAGUCGAGUGACAUUUCCUUCUCCAGGGGAUCUUCUUGAUCCCACGAUCGAACUGACAUCUCCUGCUUAGCAGGAAGAUUCUUUACCAUUGAGCCAUCCAGGAAGCCAGGCAAGAUGGUAAAGCAGGUUAAGGAUCAUUCGUGACUGGAACGUGAACUUCUGCCUCUGCAUUUCUUUCUUCUGGCAAGUGAACGGCUUAUUUGCCUGUUUAAAUAACUUUUUGAUGAGACAGUGCACUUAAAGCACGGACCCUGUGCCUGGCCCAGACGCAGGACGUGCUGCUGCCUCUCUGCUGCCGCUUGCCGACCUCUGCUUCCUUUGUGGUUGAAGUCUAGGCUCAGGUCAGAAGCGACCAUAGGAAACAACAUGUUGCUGCUUUUCAGCACAACCGAUGACCUGAUGUGAGCAUGCAGGAUUCAAUCAGCAUUGCUGAAAUACAGAUAGAGAGAAAUUGAACCUGUGCCAGGCCCUGUGUUACAUUUUACACACAAUCCUAAUAAUAACACUAUUCUCCACAGUGGC